AUGGAACAUUGGAUUUGUGUUGAACUGUCUAAACUUGGUGUUGAUGUGACUGAAGAGAAUGCCAGGUAUAUAAUUGCUAUGGAGGGCGAUCAAGAUAUGGAGGAUUACUUAUUUGAUCUGCUUGAUAAAUCGGAUCCAAAAGAAGGAGCUGGAGUUUGUCUCUUUUGUGGCAAUUUGGUUUGUUCCAAAGAGCAACAGAAAAUUUUGUCUGAAGGAACAAAAAGGAGUGAGAAAUUGCAUCAAACUUUGAUGAAGGACUCUGAUAAAGUGUUGCAGCAAAUAAACAACCAAAUUCUUCAAAUUUCCAAAAAUUCAGCAAGUUAUGCAGAAUCUGAAGAAUUUUCCAAAGCUAUUGAAUACAAAAAUAGGCUAUUGGAUUAUGACAAAACUAGUGUGAAGAGAACGCAUGUAAUUGAUGAUGAUGCAGAUUAUUUCAGUUCUGACUCUCAGUGGUUAAGCAAAUCAGAAAGAGAGGCACUAGAACGAUGUGAAGAAGAAUUGCGUCAAAUACGUUUCCAGUCUCGUCGAGAAGUAAAAGUUACAUUUGAUUUUGCUGGACGCCGCAUUUUAGAUGCAAAUGAAAACAAUGCAUUUUCUCUUAACAAUAUGUAUGAAGAUCAAAAAACUGCUGCGCUAGAAGCAAAGCAAAUUGCUUUAAUAGACACUAAAGAUGAUAAUUUUCUUCCUCGUGAUCUAGUUAAUCCUGCAGUUAAUAUGCAUGUACCUCAGGUAUGA